GAGCUAAAAGUCUUAUCCCGAAAACCUCCACCUUUCCUCCGCUCCGAUCCCAAGCUCUGGUUCCAUCCAUGGCGUCCCAGGAUCACCACCACCACCACGGUGACCACUCCCACGAUGGCCACGACGGCCACUCCCACGAUGGCCACGACGGCGGGAAGGGCGCGGGGUCGUGGGUCGGCGAGGACGGCCGCGUGUGGCACUCCCACGACGGCCUGGCGCCGCACUCCCACGAGCCCAUCUACUCCGCCGGGGACUUCACCAAGCGCGCGCCGCCGCUCGACUCCCGCCGCUUCGUCGACCGCGCCUUCACCGUCGGCAUCGGCGGCCCCGUCGGCACCGGGAAGACUGCCCUGAUGUUAGCACUCUGUACAUGCCUGCGUGACAAAUAUAGUCUUGCGGCGGUUACAAAUGAUAUAUUCACAAAAGAGGAUGGGGAAUUCUUGGUCAAGCAUGGAGCUCUGCCUGAAGAGCGUAUACGUGCCGUUGAAACUGGAGGCUGUCCUCAUGCAGCUAUACGUGAGGACAUCAGCAUAAAUCUAGGUCCUCUGGAGGAGCUAUCUAACUUGUACAAAGCGGAUUUGCUACUCUGUGAAUCUGGAGGAGAUAACUUGGCUGCCAACUUCAGCAGAGAGCUAGCAGACUACAUAAUCUACAUCAUCGAUGUGUCUGGUGGGGACAAGAUACCAAGGAAAGGUGGCCCUGGGAUAACCCAAGCAGAUCUCUUGGUGAUAAACAAGACCGACCUUGCAGCAGCUGUUGGAGCCGACCUAUCCGUGAUGGAGCGAGACGCGCUCCGCAUGCGGGAAGGAGGGCCCUUUGUGUUUGCCCAGGUAAAACACGGUGUCGGUGUGGAGGAGAUCGUGGACCACGUGCUGCGGGCCUGGGAGAUCGCCACGGGCAACCGGCGGCGAUAGAUAUAGGCUAUCGUUCAUGACUGACCGGUGCCAUUUUCGGUUCAUCGCGCUCGGGGUGUAAAUCAUGUACCCGUUUUCUGAAUAAGUGGUGCCAUUUUCGGUUCAUCGCGCUCGGGGUGUAAAUCAUGUACCCGUUUUCUGAAUAAGCAGCACAUCCUUGGUUUUGGUGGCCUGGUGCUGCGCGCUGAAAAUAAUGUGGUAUCUUUGCCAGUAUGGUAAUACUACGGAGUACCUUUUUUGA